AUGAGGAGACACAAUUCUUAUAUGAGUGCCAUCAAUCACUCCCACAACACCGGGAAACUGAGUUACUUGCAUGAACUCUGCCUGUUUUUGCUGCACUUCACGCUGGGUGUGAGGGAAAGCCACGAACUGGCAGAUUACUUCUGGUCCCCAUCUGGGGAGGGGACCAUAAAUGUCCCCAGGUCAGACUGCCUUUCUGUCAAAGACCCUAAGUGUCUUGACACCCCCCUCAACUUUUUCUUCAUUAACUUCUGCAACAUUCGCAGUCAAAGAUCUAAUUUUCAAUCUGUAGAACACCACCUCUCCUCUUCUAAACCUCAUCUUCUUUUCCUCACUGAAACUCAGGUGUCUGAGGCAACUGACAGUAGCUCCUUUUCUGUUCCCUCUUACUUUCUCUAUCCUCAUUUUCAGUUCAAAGCUGGAUGCUGCGUUUAUGUGCGCAAUGAUUUAACCUGCUCUCGUGCCCACGCUCUUGAAUCUUCUGAGUUUUCCACCAUCUGGCUACGACUACAGAGUCACUCUCAUACUAAAUUUAUCUGUGCUGUAUACCUCUCACCUAACUCCUCUGAUUAUAAGAAAUUCUUUAACUACUUAACUUCCAAAGUGGAGCACAUUCUGACCCUCUUCCCUUUUGCAGAGAUCUCCAUUCUUGGAGACUUCAAUGUUCACCACCAGCUUUGGCUUUCCUCUCCCUUCACUGACCAUCCUGGUGAACUAGCCUACAACUUUGCUAUCCUCCAUGACCUAGAGCAAUUGGUGCAACACCCUACUCGUAUUCCUGACUGUCUUGGAGAUACACCCAACAUUCUUGACCUUUUCCCCCAGCCUCAGCCCCAGCCCCAGCCUUUUCAUCCCAGCCUCUCCCAGUGCAUCCUAGCCUCUCCCAGUCCAUCCCAGCCUCUCUCAGUGCAUUCCAGCCUCUCCCAGUCCAUCCCAGCCUCUCCCAGUCCAUCCCAGCCUCUCUCAGUGCAUUCCAGCCUCUCCCAGUCCAUCCCAGCCUCUCCCAGUCCAUCCCAGCCUCUCCCAGUGCAUCCUAGACUCUCCCAGUCCAUCCCAGCCUCUCCCAGUCCAUCCCAGCCUCUCCCAGUGCAUUUCAGCCUCUCCCAGUCCAUCCCAGCCUCUCUCAGUGCAUUCCAGCCUCUCCCAGUCCAUCCCAGCCUCUCCCAGUGCAUCCUAGCUUCUCCCAGUCCAUCCCAGCCUCUCUCAGUGCAUUCCAGCCUCUCCCAGUCCAUCCCAGCCUCUCCCAGUCCGUCCCAGCCUCUCUCAGUGCAUUCCAGCCUCUCCCAGUCCAUCCCAGCCUCUCCCAGUGAUAAUAAAGCAAUUUGGAUUUAAGAGAGGGAGAUUGUGUGUUACAAACUUACUGAGUUACACUUAGAUCUAUAGAAAACUGUUAUCAAAUGGCAUAUAACAUUUUAUGUUAUAUGCCAUAAUUUAUUAUGGCAUAUAACAGAUUAUUAUUACAGAUGCCAUUUCUUAAAGAAAUGGCAUCUGUUUUUUUUUUUUUUUUUUUUUUUUUAUUAUUCUCUUUCUCUCUCUCCCUCCCUAAGGCAGUGCUCCUCUUACAAAGGAAAAAUAAAUAAUUAAAUAAGAUAAUUAAUUUACAAAUCAAGGGCUGGAUUUGUGUCUGUGGAGGCCUGUGAGCAGCCUGAGUGUGGAGGCCAUCUACCUGAAAUAUUUAUAUUAAUAUUUUUGUAUCUGUAUUCCAUGCAGUUUUUAAUACAUAUAAUAUAUUAUAGUGAAAGGAACAUAUUUAUUUAGUGUAAAUGAAACAAGUGGUUAUUUUGAUAGUAAUAAAAAAAAUAUUUAGUUCAUAGAAAACUAGUGUUUGAUUAAUUUAAGUUUCUUUCACUUACAGAAUAUUUAUGUGGGAGACUCCUCAGAUUGUGGAGACCCCAGAUUGUGGAGGCUCCUGGGCAGCUGGUCUUUUUGUGGACUCCUAAAUCUGGCACUGAACAAAAUUCUCUCUCUCUCUCUCUCUCUCUCUCUCUCUCUCUCUCUCUCUCUCUCUCUCUCUCUCUCUCUCUCUCUCUCUCUCUCUCUCUCCUCAACUCUCAACCACUGGAUGGUAUAUCAGUUCACACAGCAAGAAGCCAAGGACCCACCGAGGCUGUCACUUGGAAGAGGUCAUUGUUGUUGCAUCCAGCAUCCCAGCCUGACUGCCUAGACAGGUCCCGCAGGUUGCUGAAUGGCAGAGGUGCAGGCUGCUCCACAGCAAGAUGUGAGACCAGUGUGGCAGAGUAUGAUGUGUACACAAUGAGGGACACACUGUAGCCAACCCAGUAGAUUACCGGUGCUGCAGUGCUGAUUGGGUCCUCACCUUGUUGUAGGAGAGCUGACAACAUGUACCAGCCAGCAGCAACUCCCAUGCUAACAGGCUUCUCCCCCGCGGGUAUGUAGCACCUCUGGAGUCGCUCGAUGAAGAAGAGGAUGCUGGCGAGGCCUGUCGUGUUAGCCGGGAUGCGCCGGUACAGAGCUGUGUCCGUUGGGGUUGUGUAGGCAAGCAUCUUCUUGGCAAGGUCCUCGUAGGUGGCCGCAAACAGUUUACGGCUGUGGGAUGAGAACUUGUCUUGUGAAUGUGACGUUGGGAGGAGGGAAGCACAGGGGAGGAGGAGGACGAGGAGGAAGAGAGUGAAGAGUCACAAGAGGAGGAGGAAGGUGGAAAGAAAGAGGAAGGAGAGGAGGAGGAGGAGGAGGAGGAGGAAGAUGGAGAAGGAAAGGAGAAAGAUAAGAAGGAAGGCAAUGUAGAAUGGAGGCGUCCUUGGUUUAUGUUCAGUAAAGCCCCGUAUUCUUGUCAUGGCAAUGUAGAAUGGAGGCGUCCUUGGUUUAUGUUCAGUAAAGCCCUGUAUUCUUGUCAUGGCAAUGUAGAAUGGAGACGUCAUUGGUCACAUACUGUUCUAAUGUAUGUGCACUUGCCACGCUGUUCACCAGGCAAAAGGCGUUGCAGAAAGAGCGCGAGAUCACUGUGUUGUGGGAGAAGACAGAGUCCCUUAGUGGUCAGCUGGUGAUGGUCCACAACCACAGCCACUUUGAAGAGAAUGGCCUGAGCCACGACCACCUUGCUCAAGAAAAUAUCACGUUGACAGAGCUGAUUAAACAACUAGAAGAUAAGCUCAAACUUUCAAAGGUACCACAAGUGUCUUUGUAUAUUAGUUUGGUUUACUUUGUAAGAUUAAUCAUUACUGAAAACAAUACAUGGAGUACGUGAG